AUGGAAUUUUUCAGAAGACAAGACCUGCUUAUACUGUCCUCCUUGUUCCUAAUCUCGCUUGCCCAAGAUAUGGAAGAUCUAAUUGCUGUCACUAUACCACGUGCAAUAGAAACUGUUUCUAUCAGGGCAGUCAUAGAAACCACAGAGUGUAGUGUGACAUGUGGAAUAGGCAGCAAGGUAGAAAAACGUUGCCUUGUAGACAGAUUUGGCAUUCACAAGGACUGUGAGGUGGUGAGGGUGGAAUGUCUCAGUAAUUGGCUGUGCGGUCCACAAGUGUCCACUUUGAGAGUUGGGGAUCCCUUCACUAUGGACUGUCAGAUGCCACCCACUGGUAUCUUAGGUGGCAGGAAGAUUUACUACUGGAGAAUAGCUCCUGGGAUUAUAAGCGUUAAUGAUAACUAUUUUCGACCACUAAAAGUUUGGAAUUCUACGAUUGUAUUUGACUCCAUACAGGAGAAAAAUGCUGGAACUUAUCGCUGUGAUGUGCAAAGAGAAGACGACCUGAAGUUAGUCAAACGCAUUUACUUUGGAAUUAGAAUCAUUACACCUGGCAUUAUAGAUAUCAACUAUGACAAGUACCUUAUCAGCAAACAGAAGUUGGCUGCUUUAGCAGAAAGACUUAAUGCACAGGAUGUGUUGAAAAAGCUUGAAUUAUAUGGAGGAGGAUACACCUAUGUUGGAAUUGGGAGCGCUGUGGGAAUAGUGACAGGCUUAGUUAUUUUAGUACUGAUCCGAUGUACUUGUAGAUCUAAAGAGAAGGACGUCGACACUACUAGUGUAUUGUAA